AUGUCUCUCGUCAACUUAGCCCACGUCUGCUCGCACCUGAACAAUGCGACCAAGGCUCGCCUUGGCUUUACCUCAAUCCCGAACUCCAACCUCCACCUGAAGCUUUGCGUCGCCCUCCAGAAUGACGGGUUCCUUUCGUCUGUCGUGCGCGGAGGCCCCGAACCGCCGGCGAUGCAUAACCUGCUAGGAAUACCGAUCGCACACGAUGAAACACAGCCAUUGGAGCCUUUAACACAGACCAACAUUGCCUCAAGGCGACUGUGGUUGGGUCUGAAGUACUGGCAAAGUCAACCGGUUCUUUCCAAAAUAUCCAUGGUUAGCAAACCCACCCGACGGAUCAGCAUUGACGUUGCCGGCCUGCGUGAAGUCGUUCGAGGGGAAAGAAGCGAUUAUGUUGAAGGACUGCGGUCGCCCGGCGAGAGUCUCUAUCUUUCAACGGACCAGGGCGUCAAGGAAGCACGAGAGUGUGUUGAGAAGAAGAUUGGAGGGCUUGUCCUUUGUCGCGUUCUAUAA